GAGUCCUUUACUUUAGAGAGAGAAAGAUAGAGGAAGAGAGAUAUGGGGGAGAAGGGAAGUGUGUGUGUGACAGGUGCAGGGACGUACGUUGCAUCAUGGGUUGUGAAGCUGCUCCUCUCUAAGGGAUACAUCGUCCAUGGCACGGUUAGAGACCCAGAUGGCUUUAAUGACAGAAAAGUCCACUGCCAAGGAGUUUUUCACGCUGCAAGUCCACUACCAAGCAUUGAACCUAAAGAUUUCCAGAAAGAAAUGAUAGAUCCAGCAGUGAUGGGAACCUUGAAUGUUUUGAAAGCAUCUCAUGAGGCCAGAAUCAAAAGAGUUGUAUUGAUGUCUUCUAUGGCCGCUAUUAUGAUCAAUCCAAACUGGCCCAAGGGCAAACCCAUGGAUGAGACUUCUUGGUCAGAGAUAACGUCCUGCAACACUGUUCAGGAUUGGUAUUGCUUAUCAAAAACAAUGGGAGAGAGAGAGGCUUGGGAGUAUGCAGGAAAAACCGGAGUGGAGCUAGUAACUGUAUGCCCACCUUUGGUACUAGGCCCAAUGCUACAAAAAACAAUAAACGCGAGUACCACGUAUUUCAUCGAGCUUCUCAAAGGUAAUUUGUAGGACCGCCGCUUCAUAAAGCCGCAUGUCAAAUCAAGUUAGAUUACGUAAUUUUUACAAUAAAAGUUUGCAAAUCAAUCAUCUCUAACCCAAUGAUUAUAGAUCUGAAAAAAAUGGAUUACAAACGUCAAAAAUGACUCAUCCUGCAAUAUGCUUUUUGGAUUUUCUCCUUUUAAGUCUUCACCACUCCGCCAGAUCCGGUUAAUUUAUUAAGUUUCAGAUUUUACAACCAGAUAUGGAAAUAGAUUUGUAGAUCACGACAUACGUUUUUGGAACCAGAACUAUAUUUUUUGGCAGGGUUUUGAGAUCCAAUCUUAAUUGGCUGUUCUCAUAUUCGAAUAGGAACACUGUGCAAGCCCCAAGGCAUUAACAAUGGGACAUUCCCCUUAGCAGGACACAUCUUGAUGCAUUUUUUCUUGUCCAAAUAAUAGAAGUUACAUGUUGAAAAUGAGGUGGUCUCUUUUUUGACAUUGUCUUUUCAAGACAUGCUAAAUUUUUUUUUUAUCUUAAUUGAAUAUCUAUCCAUUGAACUCCAACAUUUUAUUCAACCAAAAGGAAGCUCCAAUCUUUCUCCUCCUUUCUUUGUUUUUUUUUGUGGCGUUAAAUUAACAAACUCCAACACUCAUCAUAUUUAGCAAAUUUAUCGGUAUUUUUAAUUUUUUUAAUAAUUCCAUUUUUUUUGGUUAGUUCAAUGAAGAAAGAUCCUCUAAUUGUAGUAGGAAUGAAACUCAAGAUGCUAGUUUUCCCGACCACCUAGUUGUUCAUGUGGCAAGAGCAUUUUGAGUGUAAAUUGCCCUCCCAUGUUUCCUUUUUCAAGAGUCUCUCUCGACCAAUAUUAAUAAAUUUAUUAAUGAAAAUAGAUUACAACAGAGGAGUUAUACUUGUGUAUUCAUCCUAUAGAAAUCAAAUUUAGAAAAUUUUCAACUAUAAUAUGAGAUGCAGCACGGUUAAUGUCAACGGCUAACCCGCAAGCUCAAGCCUUUCCUUGGUAUUUAGAAUAAGAAAGGUAUACAAUGAGGCAAUUUAUCUUUGGUACGAAGUGACUACAAUUAAUCUUGACCAUUAAAUGUGAAAUUAGAUGGCUGCACU